AUGGGUGCUUCAGAGUCGAAACUGGUAUUUAAGCAGGGCAUCUUCAGACUCUCAGAAGAACGAAACAUCCCCGCCGAUGAUCCUUACUGGACAGGGUUCUGGGAAUUGCCCGAAUCUGUCGAAGAUGUCUUCAGCCUAUUUUCAUCCAAUGAUAUCCGCAGGACACGAGAUGCGGCACUGGAAAACCUCGAAACUCUUAUACUCGCUGUAACAUCACGUCUGAACGUUCUCAAGAACCAUCCUUCUUUCCCAGAUCCCGAGCUUGCGCCAGAAAGAGAUGUCCUUAAUUGCAUUCGAGUCCUCACGAGACUCCUCCCUUACGUUUACGAGGCGGACCAUUUAUCGGAAUGGGAGGAGAGGUUCUUUUGGGGCAUGCGACGUCGGAAGACAAGAAGGGGUCAAAUCUCAGGCGAAGUGCUCUUUGAUGGCAAUGCAAAUGCUCAAGACCCAGACGUGGAGGGGAAGGAACAGGAAUAUGAAGAGGUCAAGCCUUUGGCUGAAGAGCUUAUCGACACACUGGUUGAUCUUCUGUUCUUCGCCGAGUUCACCAUACCUCUUCUUCCAUCAGCGAAAAGCAAAGUCAACUACGCGAUAUGGCAGAGUGGAGUUGGCUGCAAGUCCUCCAUCCCAACGAACAAGGAACUCGAGAGCAACCGGUGCGAGAUUCUGCGACUUUUAUUGACCUUGACCGGCAAGGCGAUGUAUAUGCCUUCCAACACACUCCCCGUUCAAGGUGUGAGAGCCAUCACUUAUCUUACUACUUGUUCCGACAAGCAGAUUGUUCUUUCUGUUUUAUGUUCCCUCAUCAACAUCACCAUCAAGUCCAACAUGACUUCAUGGCGUCUCCCUUAUGACCAUGUGGUCCGCAAAGAUUCGAAACAGACUCUUGUGGUAUACAGUUUACAGUUAUUACUUGUUCUUCUACUUUACACUGUCCCCGAGGACAAUAGUGGACCUGCACCGAAGAACUUUUAUCGACAUUUCCUGGGCCGCUUACAUCGGCCUGAGGAUUUCCAAUUUCUAGCCGACGGCAUGACUCGAGUUUUGAGUCAGCCAAUGCAAGCUACUACAUCGUAUCUGCCGGGUAGCCAGAAAUCUGUCAAAUGGACUCCUGAAAUGAUUAUGCUCUUCUGGGAGGUCUUGCAGUGCAACAAACGAUUCCGAGCGUUCAUCAUUGAGUCCAACCGCGCGCAUGACUUUAUUAUCCUUAUGUUGUUCUAUGCAAUUGAACACAAGACGGAUUCUUCGCGGCAAGGCAUCGUGCGAAUGUGUGUCUUCGUCCUACAAACCAUGAGCGUUGAGCCCACGUUUGGUCAGAACCUCAACAAAACAUUCGAGGCACAAGAAACUUUGCCGCAGUCAAUUCGAUUGACAAACUUCAGGGGCUCCUAUGGCGAUUUUCUCAUUUCAUCAAUACACACCUUGAUCACGGGUAGCAAAGGGAAACUUGAUGCCAUUUACCCUGCUUUGCUUGCCAUCAUCAAUAACAUGGCCGCCUAUGCACAGGGCCUAUCUCUCUCGACGAGCACUCGACUUGUUCAGCUACUAACUUCCAUGUCUACACCCAGCUUUCUGCUGGCCAAUGAAAGCAAUCAUACUCUACUACAAGCUUUGCUAGAGUCUAUUAGCACCAUGCUUGAGCAUCAAUAUACUUCAAACACGAAUCUCAUCUUCGCUAUCUGGAGAGCACGGAAGCGGAUUGAGGCGUUGAGACGAUUUACAUUGGAAGGCGGCCAAGAAGAAAUCGAAAGGGCCGAACAGAGGAGGAAGGAAGGCCCACUGUCGGAAUUGAGCAACAGCCUCUCGAGAUCGAGCACAGCCGAAACUCUAGCAUCGCCGACACGUAGUGCUCCGUUUUCUCCACGAUCAGAAGGUGGCGUGGAUGAAACAUUUGCCAUCGGUGAUUCUGACGACUCUGAUAACGAGAACAUGCAAACACCGUCGCAGUCUACGCGAUCGCCACGAAAUUCUCGCACCCCUUCCAUGGCAUCCUCUUCCGUCGCAGAUGAGCAUGUACCAUUUCAACUCUCGGGCAUGUCUGAAAAAGCCCGGGGCAAAAUGCCGGCUGGCGCACCCAGUUUCUCACGGCAAAAUAGCACCACCAGUUUAUCACAGGCUUCAGCUUUUACAGCUCGUGGUAGCUUUACGCCAACAGCCGAAUGGCUAGAGAGUUGGCUUCCAGACCUAUCUCUUCACACCUUGCUGACAGUAAUCAAAGUCCUAUCAGCCCAUCCGAGUGCACCAGAUCGCUCGAGCACGAACCAACACAGUAGCCAUAACACUGCCAAUCCACCAUCAUCGGCCUCAUCACGCCGAUCCUCUAUUGCCAAUGAUGACACUUCGCUCACCGACUUCCGAGCUUAUAUACCCACAACAGCCAAACAUCCUUCAAUCGCACCUAUUCUCGCCUCACCCAGCGCCAUUCGGGUGCACUUCUUUGAAUGGUCAUCUCUUUCCCUUGGCUGGUACAUGUCGGUCCUGUGGUCGCUGAUCUUCACCGCAGAGAUGACGAUAGCCCCCGCGGCUGGUACGACAGCCACAUUGACCGGCACAAGCGGCAUGGCCGGGCCCGUCGGCGUUUGGAAUUCAACAAAUGUGAAAUUAUUCCAGGUCGCGACACAAGGAAAGCGUGAGGGUCCUAGUCUCUCUCAGCCGAGGGGUGCCGUCGAUGCGGUCGGGAGCAGACUUGUUCAGGGUGUCCAGGGCUUAAAUCUGGGAGGACUAGUUGGGAGGGUCGGAGCUGGUGUAGCUGGGGCUGGUGGCCUUAGAAGUCCUGAUGCAUCUAAUGGUAGUCGACUAUCUCGGGCGAGCACGCGAGAGAUUUGA